AUAAAGACGACCCCCACCUCAAAUCUUCACCACUGCUUCAAUAUUUUAAGAGCUAUCGAAAGCGAGAAAGAAACGAAAAGUGAUUGAGACUAAUAAACUGAUAUACCUGAAGACCAACAAUGGCCAAACUGAGUCUAGCCAUCGUUCUUAUGGUAGGGAUAGUCUCUGUUCACACCAACGAAAUCGAUGUUUUUGAAGGACUUUUCGACCAAGUUUGGGAGGAAGCCAAUUUUGAUGGACUCGCUUUGGUCUAUACAUGGGCCCCAACGUUUUGUGUAAAGGGACCAUGUACACUCAAGAGCACAGCUAAGAAGAUAUGGACAAUACACGGUUUAUGGCCGUACAGUAAUAACAUGGCACCUUCGCAAGGGCGGACAAUUGACUGCGGAGGAAUGUACAAUCAGGCUGCUAUCUCUACAAAAAGAUCCGAGUUGGAGGAGAAGUGGCCAUCAUAUAGCUCCAAAACAAAUGACCAAUUCUGGCAACAUGAGUACGUAAAGCAUGGCACGUGCGCGGGUAACCUGGCGAAGUUUAAUUCGCAGCUCAAGUACUUCGAAGGCUCCCUCGAUCUCUUUGAUAAAUACGACAUCAAAUCUAUCUUGGGAAGCGGCAACAACCCUGUGCUACCCUCUAGAACUCUUCAUUAUCCACUGAGUUGGAUCACAACAGCUCUCAAGAAGGGACUCGGAGUGGAACCUAAUGUCUACUGCAUAUCGAAGAACCGUGUGCAAUACUUGUUCGAGAUUCGAGUAUGUUUCGACACGUCUACCCAAUCCAAACUGAUUGACUGUACAGGGCUGACUGGCGGUGGUAAAUGCAACCCUGGAUCGGUUGUAUAUCCACCGUUUCAAGACUACGUCAAUGCCAAGUCUCUGUCACGUGACGAACUCGCUUCUGAUUGGCUGUUCAACAUGAUGGCUGACAUAAUGGAAGAAAGAGAUGGUGAUGAUGAGACCAUGCAGCUAUAAAACAAUAAUAGCUCCAUGGUGAGAUUAUAAUACCACCUCCACCGAAAAGAUUAUAGGAAACGAUCAACUUCUAAUCAGAUUGAUACCAGGGUUUAAUUGUCUUAUACAAUUCACAGAAAAUUAUAUGUUCUCGUUUUUAUUGUCUUUGGGUUGAUAGUGUUGAAUCAUUCUGCUCUCAAAUUUGUAUAUUCCUUUAUUAAAAUGGUAGAUGAAAGGAGUAUUUUCACCGAAAAAAUGAAGAAUAGCAUACGUGCAACCAGGCACGUGUUAAUAAAGCACCAAUGACGAGAUUAUUUUGAUUAUUUUUUCCUUGUUAGUUUGAUUGGCGAUCUAAUCAUAGUCCCGUAAAUUCAAUUCAAUAUGAUUUUAUUCCCUUCUAUAUUUGCACAAAAGUUGCAUCAAACGGUAAAUAUAUGGGAGUCAAAAUACAGUAUUGCAAUUAUAUAGAUAAAAUUUCAUGAUUAAAAUUGAAAAAUAUCAUUGAUGUACAAAACCCUCAGAGAGUUUGUCUUGACAGCCACCACAACAUUAAAUAAAUCAAUAUAUGUCCACCUGUGUCCCAGAUUUUUUUUUACCUCUAACAAAUAUUUUAGAAAUGUCCCAGCACAUGAAAGAAAUCUAAUUUUACACUCAAAAUCAGGGGCUCCGGGCAGGGCUGGAUGCAGGAUAUCACGAAAGGGGGCACAUUUUACGAGGAAAUUUUUGACAAGCAAUUAAAUCUAAAAAAAAAUAAUAAUGGUAUUUCGUCCACAAAGAAUUUUAAAAGUACAAAAAUAAUAAAAAAUAAAUACACUUUCAUUAGGGGAGGGGCACUAUUCUGUCUUAACGGCAUUUUAUGUUACAAAUUUUAGUUUCAAAGGGAGGGGCUCGGGCCGCCCCCCCCCCCCCCCCUGGAUCCGCCAGUAUCGCCAGGAUCUACACAUAUAAUAGUCAACCACAAAAAAGUGUUAUUUGCCUUUCAAAAUCAGUCUUAAUUGAUUAGUAUUUUUAAAGAAAAUUCAUACUGUAAUGUAUUUCAAAAAUUCAGGAACACACCACUUUGGAUGAUACUGGGAUUGCGGGGUUUUUUAUUCAGAAUUUGUUUCCCGGGGGUGUUUCAUAAAAAUAAAUCAGUUAUUUAUUUCCUGACGUAAAACCGAUUGGUUGGUUUGGAUUUUGUGUCGAUGAGUGGAGCAUAUAAAAGUGUGUGUUUUAAGCAACUUCAUUUUUAUUAUGUAUGUAUAUCAUUCUGUAUUUGUUUUUGUUUGAAUUAGGUAGACUGACAUUGCGAGCGCUUCGGGCCAUUUGGAAAAGCGCCUUAUAAAUAAUGGGUAUUAUU